UUGGACUCUGUCUUCCACCGGGCACUACUCCCUUCCUCACCAUGACGUACUCUUGCUGCCUACCCAGCCUGAGCUGCUACACCAGUUGUGCCUCCCGGCCCUGUGUGCCCCCCAGCUGCCACGGAUGCACCCUACCUGGGGCUUGCAACAUCCCUGCCAACGUGAGCAGCUGCAACUGGUUCUGUGAGGGCUCCUUCAAUGGCAAUGAGAAAGAGACCAUGCAGUUCCUGAACGACCGCCUGGCCAGCUACCUGGAGAAGGUGCGCCAGCUGGAGCGGGACAAUGCGGAGCUGGAGAGCCUCAUCCGGGAGCGGUGCCAGCCGCAGGAGCCCCUGGUGUGCGCCAACUAUCAGUCCUACUUCCGAACCAUCGAGGAGCUCCAGCAAAAGAUACUGUGCAGCAAGUCUGAGAAUGCCAGGCUGGUGGUGCAGAUCGACAAUGCCAAGCUGGCCUCAGAUGACUUCAGGACCAAGUACGAGACGGAGAUGUCCCUGCGGCAGCUGGUAGAGUCGGACAUCAAUGGACUGCGUAGGAUCCUGGAUGAGCUGACCCUGUGCAGGUCUGACCUGGAGGCCCAGGUGGAGUCCCUGAAGGAGGAGCUGCUGUCCCUCAAACAGAACCAUGAGCAGGAGGUCAACACCCUGCGCUGCCAGAUUGGAGACCGCCUCAACGUGGAGGUGGACGCUGCCCCCACCAUGGACCUGAACCGCGUGCUGGACGAGACCAGGUGCCAGUACGAGGCCCUGGUGGACACCAACCGCAGGGAAGUGGAGGAAUGGUUCACCACACAGACCGAGGAGCUGAACAAGCAGGUGGUGUCCAGCUCAGAGCAGCUGCAGUCCUGCCAGGCGGAGAUCAUCGAACUGAGACGCACGGUCAACGCCCUGGAGAUCGAACUGCAGGCCCAGCACAACCUGAGGAACUCUCUGGAAAACACGCUGACCGAGAGCGAGGCCCGCUACAGCUCCCAGCUGUCCCAGGUGCAGUGCAUGAUCACCAACGUGGAGGAACAGCUGGCCGAGAUCCGCUGUGACCUGGAGCGUCAGAACCAGGAGUACCAGGUGCUGCUGGACGUGCGCGCACGGCUGGAAUGUGAGAUCAGCACGUACCGAGGCCUUCUGGAGAGCGAGGACUGCAAGCUCCCCUGCAACCCCUGCAGUACGACCAAUGCAUGUGACAGGCCCUUUGGACCGUGUAUCUCCAAUCCCUGCACCACACGUGCUCGGUGUGGGCCAUGCAACACCUUCAUGUGCUAGAGGACCCACUGCCAGGAGGAGGAG